CCUAAAGUCAAUAAAAUCUUAUCUUUAUUGUUUUAAUUAAAUAAUUUUUCUUAGUAUUUUUUAAGAUUAGACAAGGAGAGAUUGAUCCGAAAUUGGAUAACAAAGAAGAAAUAGUUAAAUAAUAGAAUAGAUAAAAUACAAUUUACGAAAUCUGUGGCAUUUUAUAAAUUUUCAAUGGUUUGGUGGAAAAGUUGCCAAUAUGUUAUGAUAUUGCAAUAAAUUUGCACAUUUUUGUUGACAAUUUUAAAAAUAAAUCGUUUUCCUUAGUAUAAAUAUCAAUAUUUUUAUUAUUUUUAAUGAUACUAGAGAGUUAGAUCACGGACCGUGAUUAUUCAUAUUAAAUUGUCUUAAUCAUUGUGAUCGUAAUCAAUAAAAAUAUUGUAGGAAGUGAAUGAGAGGCUGAAUGCUUUUAAUAUAUUCCGCGAUAGUAUGAUUUGUGUUUCGCGCGCGGUAUGGUGGAGCGCUGCCAACGCGCCGGACACUAGAGUGAGUGACCGUCAGGAGGCGUGUGAGAGGGAGUCUAGGGGAAAUCCCCCCGGAGACAGGAGUGAGUUGGAGAGAGCGAGCGAGAAAAGACGGACUUCACGUUGCCACGGCAUUUUUGUAUCUGUUGACAUGGAAGUGGCACGGAUAUAUAUUCCGUUGAAAUCGAGUUUCUGUACAAUAUGGCAUGUGGCGUCAUGCGACUUUCAGUCGCAAGGCCUGGAUUAAAAAGUGAUUUUCGUCAGUUGUGAGAAGUUUGUUUAAUUUAAAAUGCUAUUGACAGUAUAUCUGUGUGGUCUAUUAUUUUUUGUGACAAGGAUAAUGCGCGGCCAAUCGUUGUGUUCUUGUAAGCGUAAUCAAACGGAUUUGAAUUUCGCGACAAAUGUCAAACUACUCUAUUACAAAUGCAAUAGUGAAAUUCCUGCCACAAUCGCUUAUCCUAUCACAGUGCCAGAGCUGUUACAAAAUUCGUUGGAUGAUAAUAAGCGGACAAUCUUUUAUAUUUAUGGAUAUUUGCAAUUUGCGGACGACCCAAAUGUUCAGUUAAUGAUGAAAGCGCUUUGUUAUAGAAGAACGGACAACAUAGUGCUACUUGAUUGGAGUAAAUACUCUAAUGGCACUUACGCGACCGUUUUCAGAAAUGCUGAAAAAGUAGGAGAUUUGUUCGCACAAAGUAUACGACUACUUGUGGAUAAUGGCCUGGACGUAUCGAAAAUUUAUAUCGUCGCGCAUUCCUUGGGUGCUCACAUUGCUGGUUUCGUCGGUAAAUGCAACGACUUUAAGAUAUCUCGUAUCACAGCAUUGGAUCCUGCAAAUUCUAUUUUUUAUUUUCCCGGAUGUUACCUCACGCGUAACGAUGCAACAUGGGUCGAUGUUAUUCACACGGACAUGGGCGGAUAUGGCACGCUAAAAUCUACGGGAACCGCGGAUUAUUACGUAAACGGCGGAACUCGUCCUCAACCUGGUUGUAAAUUCCUUAGCCCACCAUUAAGUAAUGACGAUCUCUGUAGUCAUCAAAAAUCAGUCGUGCUAUAUGCCAAAUUGAAACGUAAUCCUACCACAUUUGUUGCAAAGGAGUGUUCUUCCUAUUUUAGCUAUAAAGUUAAUGAUUGCUAUAAGAUUCGGCAGAUUGGUAUUGGAUAUGCAGCAAAGGACAUACGCGGAUCAUUUUAUCUUCGUAUAAAUACUAUAUAACAUGUUCAUUGUAUCGUAUUCGAAGGUUUAUAGAAAAUCGAAUAAAAAUGUACUGAUUCUAUUAUACGAUUAUUUGGUAUAAUUCUGUUGUAUGCACUGUUCUAAAUUCAUUGAAAUAUUUUUUUAUUCUAUAAACCAUGUAAUAACUAUCGAAUAACUAUAAAGUUAAAUCGUCUUAAUAAAAAAAUAUACCUAAAUUACGAAAAUAUAAAGCAACUGUUAUUCAAA